UUACGUCACGAAAGCCAAGGGAUGAUGAAAAGGAUGGACAAGCGUACAGAUUUGUGUCACGAGCUGAAAUGGAGAUGGAUAUUAAAGCUGGCAGAUAUUUGGAGCAUGGAGAAUAUGAAGGAAAUCUUUAUGGCACCAAAAUUGAUUCCAUCCUUGAAGUUGUUCAGACAGGAAGGACCUGCAUCUUGGACGUGAAUCCACAGGCCCUGAAAAUACUGAGGACUUCAGAAUUCAUGCCCUAUGUAGUGUUUAUUGCAGCUCCAGAGUUGGAGACUUUGCGUGCUAUGCACAAGGCUGUGGUAGAUGCUGGAAUUACAACCAAACUUCUCACUGACAGUGAUUUGAAAAAAACAGUGGAUGAAAGCGCACGGAUCCAGAGAGCAUACAACCACUAUUUUGAUCUGACCAUUGUAAACGACAACCUAGACAAAGCCUUCGAGAAGCUACAGGCUGCUAUCGAGCGACUGAGGCUGGAACCACAGUGGGUCCCAAUUAGCUGGGUGUAUUGAGAUUUCUCAAGAGGAGCUUAAGUAACAAAUAAAAUCAACUGCAGCAGAUACGCUAAUGUGAUGUGUAGAUACCGAUGAUAACCUAUGGCACCUGUGCAUUUUUACUCUGUGUAUAUUCAAAAGUACACUAUUCUGAAUUUUUAUAAAAAUGUUGAAGGGAAAGUGUACUUAAAUAUGUAAUUUAUUUUAAUUUUUCUAACUUUUUACAGAUAACCUUUCUAUUCAUAUCACAUUAAGGAAAUGCGUUUAAGCAUUUUUAUAUGUUUUGAUUUAGUACCUUUGCCUUUUUCAUCUAAGAAACUUCCAGUAGUUCGCUUCAACAUUUACAUUUUGGUCUUACAUUUUCACUGUGACUAAAAAAGGAUACUUGAAACAAUUUUUGUAAACCUUGUUAACGUCAGUGUUUAACUGGUCAAAAGUCUAUAGCUCUUAUUAGGAAAGAACACUAAUUUCUUUGGGGUUUCUUUUUCUUCCUUAAAAAAAAAAUAGUAAUUUCAUGGGAGCAGAAUUUUAAAUAUGAAAAGCGGCAACCAACACACAGCUCCAUUGCUCCAGCUUCUUUUGGCUUAAUGGUACAUUCUUGAUGUUUCACAGAUUCUCGAUGUCUUGAUUUAGAGAGCUGCUGUGUAGGUUCCCUUAUACGU